CGCAGAGGAAGUGAAGUGUCAACGCUGGGCUCACCAUAACAGUACGAGCCGGAGCCGCGGUGCUUUGAUGGUCCUCAGGGUCGGUCCGCUUCUCUACCGGCCCACUACAAGUCCAGAACAGAGUGCCGACUGCAUUGCAUUUAGAGGACCUGUGCGAGGAGCCCUGGAGCGCUGGCGUCAUGGUGAAGAAUGUGGUGUCGUGGUGAAGAAUGUUUCGCAAGGUCAAGAAGCGCCACAGCAGUAGCAGUUCCCAAAGCAGUGAGAUCAGCACCAAGAGCAAGUCUGUAGACUCCAGCCUGGGAGGCCUGUCCAGGUCCAGCACAGUCGCCAGCCUUGAUACAGACUCCACCAAGAGCUCAGGUAACAGUGCAUCUGAGACAUGCACCGAGUUCAGAGUUAAAUAUUUGGGAGCUGUGGAGAAGCUGGACUUUGAGAUGAGCAAAACCCUCCAGGAGCCGUUAGACCUGAUCAGCUAUAUUGAUACAGCUCAGCAAGAUGGAAAGCUGCCGUUUGUGCCUGGAGAAGAGGAGAUGAUCCUAGGUGUGUCCAAGUAUGGAGUCAAAGUGGCAUCUUUGGACCAGUGUGAUGUGUUGCAUCGGCACCCUCUCUACCUGAUAGUGCGCAUGCUGUGCUAUGAUGACGGUCUUGGAGCUGGGAGGAACCUGCUGGCUCUCAGCACCACCGACGCCAAGCAGCAGGAGUGCAGCAUCUGGAUCUACCAGUGCAGUAAUGCGGAACAAGCUCAAGCUAUCUGUAAAGUGCUCUCAGCUUCCUUUGACUGUGUUCUGGCUUCAGACAAAUCCUGAAUCUCGUCUCUCCUCUGAAGCCCAGGCCUAUAACGGAGGAUCAUAGUGGCAUAAAGGCAUGAUCCCUGGAUAUUGUUUACAGUGUCUUUUCCCCAUUUCUGCGCCUUCUCUCGUAACAGUUAAGUUGUAGGAUUUAAAUAAUGAUUAGUAUAUAAGAGAGCCUCAGCAAGGAGCAGUGUUUACAUCAGUCACGUACGGAAUCUCUUCUGCUUCUGAUAUUACAAUCUCCAGCAUCCAAAGUCCAGGCAAGUUUUCAGCCUCAUUUAAUUAUCUUGAAUGUAAAUGCACACUGAGCUCAGCGUACGGUUUCUGCUGUGGUCCAGGAACUCAGCAGCUCAUGGGAUUAAAAUCAUCAGUGGUACAAUAAUUACAAUGAGUACGAAGGAGCACAAGGAGUUAUUCAUCCAACAUGCUGUAAAUUCUAGCUAACUGUAGCUCUGUGGGUGGAAGGUUGGGGAGGUCUGAUGUUCAGUGCUGUUUGUAACAGACCACCCUCUUUCCUGUCCUCACACAAAUCCUGGUCCUUAUGGGACUGGAUGAGUUCAUAUGGUACUAUAAGGUCAAAAUGGUACAAUAAACUUUUUCACUGAUUUGAA